CGCCUCAAAACAAAGAAAAGAAGGAACAAAAAAAGAUCUCCGGAAUCCUUUGCUUCCUUUCCUUCUCGACCAACCAAAAAACCCCCACUGAGUCGGUCAAAACCCGGCGACGAGUCGCAAGUAUUCGAGUUGCACCACCACCGUCCCAUCUCUCUGUCCCACCAUUUCCAUAAUUGCUUUUUCGCUGCCAUGUCCCCAGUCGCCAUUCCAAGAGGGCGAGGAAGAAGAUUAGUAGCACUAUAAUUAACAGUGACCGUGUGUUGAAGCUGCCACAGUCUUCUUCAAAUCUCCAUCCGCACUCAUUCCUUCCUUCCUUCUCUCUCUUUCUAUACAUCUCGGCCGCCCCCGUUCAAUUUAGGAACCCCAAUUGCUCCGAUCUCGAACCAAAAUGAAGCAAAUAAACACAGGAAUCGUUGUCGAUGGGGGAUUCGUGAGUCGGGAAGAGAAGCAUUACACCGUUUUCAAAACCUCGCUGUUCUACGCCAAUGACGGAUUCACCGUGUACGACUGCAGCAACGGCGAGUUGGUCUUCCGGGUCGACUCGUACGAGCCCGACGCCCGGGACAGAGACGAGCUCGUCCUCAUGGAUCCCCACGGCCGCUGCUUACUCACUGUCCGGAAGAAGAGGCCGAGUCUGCAUCAGCGGUGGGAAGGAUUCCUGGGGGAGAGGAAGGAAGGGCAGAAGGCGAUGUUCAGCGUGAGGCGGUCUUCUAUAAUCGGACGGUCAGGGAUGAGCGUGCAGGUGUACGAAAACCCAGGGGAGGAGUACGAGAUCGAAGGGAGCUACGGGAGCCGGAGCUGCAACGUAAUAGACGCGGCGAGGAGAGCGGUGGUGGCGGAGAUCCGGCGGAAGGUUGACGCGUCGACGAACACGGUGCUGGGGAAGGACGUGUUCUCGCUGGCGGUGAAGCCCGGGUUCGACGGGGCGUUCGCCAUGGGAUUGGUGCUGGUUCUCGAUCAGAUCUGCGGCGGUGAUGUCGUUGAGGAGGAUGACGGCGAUUGUUAUGGCAAUGGCGCCGUUGAUGUUGAUCACGUGGGCCAGGAGGAGGAGGUGGAUUGCGGGCCGCUCGCUGUUGACUCCGCCGCGUUGGAUCGGUAGUUUUGGGCCUCAUAAUUGUGGGCUAUUCGUCAUUGGGCGCAGCUAGGCCCGGGGAGACUGUUUGAAUUUGAGAUAAUUCGUUGUAAAACCUACACGAGUUGUAGGGGUUUGGAUUGGUGCAAGAGCCAGGGAUCACAAUAAAUAAAUUCCUAUUUC